AUGGUCGAGAGCGCCAUCGCCAACGCCAAGCUCAUCCUGCGUGGCGGACCCGAUGUCCAGGUCUCGGAGCCGGUCCAGCCUCAGAACUCGCACAAGCGGGACCUGGACUCGAACCCCUUCAACCGGGUCUGGCGGGGAGACAAGAAGGGCUCGAUCCGCAUGCCUGGUGUGCCGACUUUCGAGGACAAGCACGAGGAGCGCAAGUGGAUCAAGGCGCACAUGGCGGGGAGCUUCCGGUAUUGGGGCAAGAUGGGCUUUGGGGAGGGCACGGCGGGGCACAUCACGGUGCGGGACCCGGUCAUGCCGGACCACUACUGGAUGAACCCCUUUGGAAUGCACUUCUCUCUCAUCAAGGCUUCAGACCUUGUCCUCGUAGGACCUGAUGGCUAUGUCACGGAGCACGGCGCCCAGCUUCCCAUCAACGAGGCCGGCUACGUCCUUCACCACACUCUGCACCAGCGUCGCCCGGAUGCUGUCGCAGCUGCCCAUUGCCACAGCUUCUACGGCAAGACCUGGGCCGCGUUCGGCAAGCCUAUCGACAUCAUGCAGCAGGACGCUUGCCUCUUCCACAACAACCUCUCGACCUACUCCAAUUACGGCGGUAUCAUCCUCAGCGACCAAGAGGGCAACAACAUUGCCGACGCGCUCGGCGAGAAGGCGCUUUGCUGUAUCAUGCAGAACCAUGGCCUCUUGACUUUGGGUCGCACGGUCGACGAGUGCAUCUACCUCUUCUGCCUCUUGGAAAAGACGUGCAAGCAGCAGCUGGUCAUCGAGGCGGCUGCAAAGAAUGGGCUGCCCAAGACCAUCAUUGCGGCCGAGGACGCGGCGUAUACCCAGGCGAGCAAUGGGUACUGGGAGACCAUGUACAACAACUUCCAGCCAGAAUUUGAGCUGUUGAAGAAGGAGACGGGCGGGGACUUCUUGCUGUAG